CCGCGUUCCCGAGUGAAGCGGAGGAAGCAGUCGCGCUGCUCCAGGGUUUAAGCAGGAGAAGCUGGAAACAGCAGGUUCUCUGGGAGAUUCCCGAGGUUUCACGGAAUCCCGCUGCAGCUCGAGGUUCCCAGGAUUUUUUCUGUCUCACUGGCCAGGCUGGCUGAUUUAAUGGGAUUUCUCUGAGUUUAAUGAAGGCUGCAGCAUCAGGAAUUCCCCAAUCUCAUCGAGUCAGCUCCUUCAAGCAAGCUGAGAUGUAUUAGCUUCAGCAGUUGAUGCAGCAGUGUCGAGUCUGAGUCGGCUGAGCAAAUCUUGGGAUCUCCCUUCUUGCCAGGAAGUCCCAGCGUCAGGAGUUGCCCCCAGCAACCCCAGGUCGUCGUGGGCUUCCCAGUAAUUACAUCUGAAGAUUGGGAGAUCCUGAAAGCAAGUUUAUCCUCUCCAAGUAAGCCACAUCAAUGGCCAAGUUACAGUGGAAAAGCUUUCUGUCCCCAGUCUUGGGGACAGGGUUCAUGAUCACCAUAUUCAUGAUGACCAUUUGGGAGACUGAGGGGACUGCCACCGAAGACCCCAUUGACUUGCCCAAUUCAUCGUGUUUCGGGUCCUUCCAGUGCAACCGCGGGAUCAUACUCCCAAUAUGGUACCCACAGAAUCCGUCCUUGGGAGACAUAGUUGCCAGGGCUAUUGUCUAUUUUGUUGCGAUGCUGUACAUGUUUCUUGGUGUCUCAAUCAUAGCUGAUCGUUUCAUGGCAUCGAUAGAAGUCAUCACUUCGCAGGAGAAAGAGAUCACGAUCACAUUACCCAAUGGCGAGACUAGCAUGGCCACCGUGCGAAUCUGGAACGAGACAGUGUCCAACUUGACUUUAAUGGCUCUUGGUUCUUCAGCACCAGAAAUUCUCUUGUCACUAAUUGAAGUGUGUGGGCAUGGCUUUCUUGCUGGAGAACUGGGACCUGGCACAAUCGUUGGUAGUGCAGCCUUCAACAUGUUUGUCAUCAUUGCUGUAUGCGUUUACUGCAUCCCUGAUGGUGAGGUUCGGAGAGUCAAGCAUUUGCGGGUGUUUUUUGUCACUGCAUCGUGGAGCAUUUUUGCCUACAUAUGGAUGUACCUAAUCCUUGCUGUCUUCUCACCUGGCAUUGUCCAAGUUUGGGAAGGACUGUUGACUCUGAUGUUCUUUCCGGUUUGUGUGGUCUUUGCUUGGAUUGCUGAUAAGAGGCUACUCUUCUACAAAUAUGUCUACAAAAGGUACCGUGCGGAUAAGCGCAGAGGCAUCAUUAUUGAGACAGAGGGAGAGCUCCCCAAGGGAAUUGAGAUGGAUGGGAAAAUGGUCCUGGAGCAUGGAGACAGUGUCCUACCUGAUGGAACUGUGAUCUCUUUGGAAGCCAAAGACUUAGAUGAGAGUCGUAAAGAAGCCAUUCGAAUUCUUAAAGACCUCAAGCAAAAGUACCCAGAUCGAGAACUGGAACAGCUGGUUGAGUUGGCCAAUUACUACGCUCUGCUUCAUCAGCAAAAGAGCAGGGCCUUCUACCGCAUCCAAGCUACCAGAAUGAUGACCGGGGCAGGUAACAUUUUGAAGAAGCAUGCUGCCGAUCAUGCAAAGAGGACAGCAAACCUUAAUGAGGCAAGACCUGACCCCGCAGAGGAGAUGUGCAGCAAAAUCUGCUUUGAGCCUGCCAACUACCAAUGUUUUGAGAACUGCGGGCUUGUCACUCUGACUGUUGUGUGCAAAGGUGGAGAGCAGAACAGCACUUUCUACGUGGAUUACCGAACAGAAGAUGGUUCGGCCAAUGCGGGCUCAGACUAUGAGUACACCGAAGGCACCUUGAUCUUCAAGCCAGGUGAAAUGACAAAAGAGAUCACAGUGGGUAUCAUUGAUGAUGAUAUAUUUGAGGAAGAUGAGCACUUCUUUGUCCGUCUGGGGAACCUCAGAAGCGGAGAUGCUGAAGGCAUGUUCGACUCGGACCCAACAGAAUAUCCCAAGGGGCGUCUUGUCGCUCCCUUGGUUGCGACAGUGACAAUCCUCGACGACGACCAUGCUGGAAUCUUCACGUUCGAGGACAAAGUUUACCAUGUGAGCGAGAGCGUUGGUGUCAUGGAGCUGAAGGUGCUGAGGACCUCAGGCGCUCGGGGAACCGUUAUGGUACCAUACAGGACAGUGGAAGGCACGGCCAGGGGAGGAGGAGUGGACUAUGAGGACGCCUUUGGAGAGCUGGAGUUUCUCAACGACGAGACUGUGAAGACAAUCCAGGUGAAAAUUGUGGAUGAUGAAGAGUACGAAAAGCAGGAAAACUUUUUUGUUGUCCUGGAGAAACCAAGAUGGAUGAAACGUGGCAUUUCAGCUCUCUUAUUGGCUGAUGAUGAAUCCAAUGGGAAACUGACGGCAGAGGAAGAAGAAGCUCGGCGUAUUGCAGAGAUGGGGAAACCCAUCCUGGGUGAACAUUCCAAGUUGGAGGUCAUCAUUGAAGAGUCAUAUGAAUUUAAGAGUACUGUGGAUAAGCUGAUCAAGAAGACAAACCUGGCACUGGUUAUUGGUACGCACUCGUGGCGGGAGCAGUUUAUGGAGGCCGUUACAGUCAGUGCUGGUGAUGGUGAGGAUGAAGAUGAUACACGGGAUGAGAAGCUGCCUUCUUGUUUUGAUUAUGUCAUGCAUUUCUUGACGGUUUUCUGGAAAGUUCUCUUUGCCUUUGUUCCUCCCACUGAGUACUGGAAUGGUUGGGCCUGUUUUAUCGUCUGCAUGGCUGUGAUUGGUUUACUCACAGCUUUCAUCAAUGAUCUGGCUUCACAUUUUGGCUGCACAGUGGGGCUGAAAGAUUCCGUGACUGCUGUGGUCUUUGUGGCACUUGGCACCUCUGUACCAGAUACCUUUGCCAGCAAAGUUGCAGCAUUACAAGACCAAUAUGCAGAUGCCUCCAUUGGGAAUGUGACUGGAAGCAAUGCUGUAAAUGUGUUCCUAGGUAUUGGAGUCGCUUGGUCUGUUGCUGCCAUCUACUGGGCUACUAAGGGGAAAGAGUUUAAAGUAGAUCCUGGCACACUGGCCUUUUCAGUCACACUUUUUACCAUCUUUGCCUUUGUUGCCAUCAGUGUACUCCUGUACAGAAGACGGUCACACAUAGGCGGUGAGCUUGGAGGCACACGGCGUGGCAAGAUUCUGACCUGCAUCAUGUUUGUGAGCCUUUGGUUGUUGUAUGUUGUGUUUUCAGCCCUGGAGGCUUACUGCCAUAUAAAGGGUUUCUAAGACUGGGGAGCUUUUUUGUGCUUACAAAGAGUAAGCUCCUCCUGAAGCUGCUAAAGAGAUCGAGAGGCAGCCCAAUGCAUUCCAAUCCCAGAUCAAGCCACUUUUUCAUCAUAGAGCAUAAAGACAGACUUUACUGGCAAAGAAAAACAAAAGGCAAAAUCCAGCUGUUAAGUUGUAUGCCUUGUAAAAAGGUUCUAAUACUUGGUUGUAGCCAGCAACCAAAAUAUCUUCAAGAAAUCAACCGCAAAAGGUUUUUUAUUCAAAUGGAUUUAGACUUUUUUACAUCGACAAACUGAGCUUGCUGUGUUACAAGUAUUAAGAAAAUUUGUUAGCCAGCCAUUGAAAAAUGAUGUUUUGGCAAUGUAUUGGACAACAGGCCGGCAACAUUGGCCCACCAGAUAUAUGUCUUUACUUGUACAGUUGUUGCUAUGCAUCUCACUGAGUAAGCUGUUGCAAUAGCUGUUAAUUUACUUUGAACAGAAACAAGGUAAAUCGUGGCACUGGAGUGAAGUAAUUUGAGAAAAUUGGCAAAAUUCCAUGCAUUAUAUUUGUUAUAUGUGUGCAGUUGUCAUUGAUUAGGUCUACUUUUAUUUAUCCUGAUGUAAACCCUGGACUAUAAGUAGCAUCUUGAAAACAAUUUUGUUUGCAGGAGUGACAUAUACACCAACCCAACUUUUCCUAAAGCUGAGGAUCAGUGUAAAAUCCAAAUUCACGCUAACUUUUCCUGUGGUGAAUUUCAUUGCUCUAUUAUGCAUUUAUUAAAGCUGCUGCACCUACAAAUAA